GGUAGUGUUGUGGUGCUAUCAAUAUAAAUGUGCAAAGGAGUAGUAUAGAGAACAUAAUUCAAAGGAAAUCUGUUGGAGGAACUAUUACCGUAACAGCACAUCUUAUUUUCUUCUUCAUUCUCUGGAUACAUCAGAAAUAACAGUUACAGUUGCGGCUGAAGAUCAUACAGCAUGUAUACAAUGAACGUAAAAAUUAAUAAAAACACUGUCGGUGGAAAACUGAAUAAGGCGAAUUCCAUUGAAGGAUUCUACGCCAAUACGGGAAUCUUGAUAACUGGUGCGACGGGUUUUGUAGGCAAAGGAAUUUUGGAGAAAUUGAUACGUGUGUGUCCAAAGAUCGCCGCCAUUUUUAUCCUUAUUCGACCGAAGAAAAACCAAACGAUAGACCAACGAUUUAAGAAGCUCAUAGAUGAUCCUAUUUAUGAUAGCAUCAGAGUAAAGCAUCCUUUGGUUUUGAGCAGAAUUCAUCCCGUACAAGGUGAUGUAAGCCUGCCAGAUUUGGGUCUCUCUUCACAAGACAGAAAUAUGUUGAUAGAGAGAGUGAACAUAGUGUUUCAUAUCGCGGCUACUAUGAAAUUCAACGAACCGUUAAACGUGGCUGUCAAUAUAAAUACAGCAGGUACUGCACGCAUUAUCCAAUUGUGCAAGGAACUGAAGCAUGUAAUUAGCAUUACCUACGUUAGCACAGCUUAUAGUAAUGCGCAUUUGCCAGAGAUCGAUGAAAAAGUUUACAUCUCAAGUUUUAAUACUUCUAUGGUGAUAGAUUUAUGCGUAAGAGGAGACAAAACACUGAUCGAUCUGUUUGAAGAAAAAAUUUUAAAAAUAUACCCAAACACAUGCACGUUUUCCAAAAAUUUAGCAGAGCAAAUUGUGUGCAGUAAUAGUGAUAGUUUACCUAUUGCUAUAGUGCGACCAAGUAUAAUUGGUGCCUCGAUAGAAGAACCGUGUCUUGGUUGGCUGGACAAUAUUUAUGGAGUUACAGCUAUCUUUAUGACAGUCGGCAUGGGUAUUACAGAGGUAAUACCAGCUAAGGAAAACGCAAGCGUGGAUCUAGUACCUAUUGAUUUCGUAGUUGACACGAUACUGUGUGCAGCAUGGCAUGUCACUUUACGUCCUAAUAAUGAAGUUAAAAUCUACAACUGUACGAAUAACGCACACCCGCUCAAGUACUACUUAUUAUCGAUUUCAUUAUUAUUAUCAAGCAGAUUAGCAGAUUAUGCUUAAGCAAAUUAUUAUCAAGCUCACUACAGAUAUUUAUGCAUUUCUGGGAGACUUAAUGGCACAAAAUUCCAGAGUACAUAUAAUAUGAAAGAGU